AGUUUUCCUCAACUAAAAAGUGUAGUGUUUUGCUAAUUGAUUCAUAACAUUAUUAAAUCAUAAAUAUCCAGUUUGUUCUUUGUGAAUAAUGAAUAUAUCGACUGAUUUUGGGCCCGAUUCCGGUGGUCGCGUGAAGGGUCUAACGAUCGUGAAGCCUCUAGUGUACGGCAAUGUAGCACGUUCCUUUGGCAAAAAGCGUGAAGAGGAUGGCCACACCCAUCAGUGGACGGUGUACGUGAAGCCCUACCACAACGAGGACAUGUCCACCUACGUGAAAAAGAUUCACUUCAAACUGCACGAAAGUUACGCCAAUCCGAACCGGGUCGUCACGAAACCUCCCUUCGAAGUGACCGAAACCGGAUGGGGUGAGUUUGAAAUCGUGAUCAAAAUCCACUUUCACGAUCCGACGGAGCGACCCGUGACAAUGUAUCACAUCCUCAAGCUGUUUCAGUCGCCGAUUCUAGACGGGGAGGUCAGCCAUCAGCUGGAAGGGAAGAAGGAGCUGGUGUCGGAGCAGUACGAAGAGAUUGUAUUCCAGGAGCCUACCCAGUUGAUGCAGCAGCUGCUGACCAACGUGCAGCCGGUCACGGGCGGCUCGUGGAAGCACGAUACUGAUUUCGAAGAGAAAAAGGUUCAAUCGUUGGAAAACAUAAUCGAGACCAAAGCGAAGGUCAAAUCGGAGAUCACACUGCUGAAAGACAAACUGAAGCUUGCCCGAGAAACCAUAACCAAGUUCAAAGCGGAAAUCGCCAAAGUUCAAGGACAGCAACCGGCCAGCUGAAUAAGAUCUGUAAGUAUUUUUUCUUACUUUAAACUAUUGUAAUCUACAUUAAAUAAUCGUACAUGUACUCCC